ACUCAAGAGAAUUGAAAAUGUAUGUCCACACAAAAACAUGUGCAUGGAUGUUUACUUAAGCAUUAUUCCCAGUAGGCAAAAAGCUGAAAAAACCAAAUGUUUGUCAGCUGAUGAAUGGAUAAAAAGCAUGUGGUACAUCUGUACAAAGGGAUGUUAGCCAUUAAAAGGAGUGAAGUACUAUUACACGCUACGACGUGGAUUGGCCUUGAAAACAUUAUGCUAAGUGAAAGCAAGCAGUCACAAAAUGCCACAGAGUGUAUGAAUGCAUUUAUAUAAAAUUCCAGAAUAGGCAAAUCCAAAGAGACAGAAAGUGGUUGCCAGGGGUCGAAGGGAGAGAGGAAUGGGGAGUUGUUUCUAUGAGUAUGGGGUUAUGAAAUGCUCUAAAAUUGUACAUGGAUAACAACUCCAUGAAUAUACUAAAAACUGCUGACUUGGGUAAUUUAAAGGGGGUGAUUUUAUGGUAUCUGACUUAUAUCUCAUUAAAGCUGUUAAAAAAAAUAGCAAUUAUAUUAUUUUCUCCCCUCAGCAGAUUUCUUUUCAUAAAAAGCCAGAAGAGUGCAAAGAGAUGAACCAAAUGAAAGCUUGCUCUAUAAAGCUGAAUGAUGGACACCUCAUGCCUAUGCUGGGAUUUGGCACCUCUGCUCCUAGUGAGGUUGCGAAGAGUAAUGUAGAAGAGGCUGUCAAGACAGCAAUCAAUGUAGGCUACCGCCAUAUUGACUCAGCUUAUUUGUAUCUAAAUGAAGAAGAGAUUGGGAGGGCCAUCCGGAAGAAGAUUGCCGAUGGCAUGGUGAAGAGAGAGGACAUAUUCUACACUUCGAAGGUGUGGGGAACCUUCUUCCAUCCAGAAUUGGUUCGAACCGGCCUGGACAUGUCCCUGAGGAAGCUUGGGUUGAGCUAUGUGAAUCUUUAUCUCAUUCAUUUCCCAGUAGCUUUGAAGCCUGGGGAGGAACUUUUCCCAAAGGACAAAGAUGGAGAAAUCAUUUUUGACACAGUGGAUUUCUGUGCCACAUGGGAGGCCAUGGAGAAGUGUAAGGAUUUAGGGCUGACCAAGUCCAUCGGUGUGUCCAACUUUAGAUGCAGACAGCUGGAGAUGAUCCUGAACAAGCCAGGGCUCAAGUACAAGCCUGUCUGCAACCAGGUGGAAUGUCACCCUUACCUCAACCAGAGCAAACUCCUGGAGUUCUGCAAGUCCAAGGACAUCGUCCUGACCGCAUACGCUGCCUUGGGGUCCGACUCCAGGAAGGAAUGGGUGAACAAGAACACCCCCGUUCUCCUGAAGGAUCCAGUGCUCAAGGCCAUUGCCGAGAAGCACAGGUGCACUCCUGCCCAGGUGGCCCUGCAUUUCCAGCUGCAGCGGGGAGUGGUGGCCUUGGCCAAGAGCUUCAACGAGAAGAGAAUUCGGGAGAACUUCCAGGUUUUUGAUUUCCAGUUGACACCAGAGGACAUGGAAACCCUGGACGGCCUAAACAAAAACAUUCGCUAUUUUACAGAUAUAUUUGUUAAGCAUCCAGAUUAUCCAUUUUUUGAUGAGAAUUGACAACAGUGUCUGGUUGCUCCAGAGUUCUUUGACUCUGGUUGAUGACUGGCAAACAACUCACCGAUGAGAAGGUAUCUCGUUUAUCCACGUUGCUUAGCCUGACAGGUUGAUAUGUGGCUUGAUUCCCCAGAUCUGGAAGUAAAAGUUUCUAAACCCAGUCUCCCCCUCCCCGCAAAAGUCAAGGAAAAUACAUUUCAAACAACCUAGCCUUGGUUUUUAGUCUGUUUUGCUUUUUCUUCUGUCACAGAGGUUGAAAUGCUGAUCUUUUGAAGUGAUCACAGGGAAUAUUAAUCUCCAAAAAAACCUAACCAUUUAAUAUACUUUCAAGCUUUUUACUUGUCCGUAAGAAUUUCUUUUCUCUUUUGUUCUGUGAAUUUACCACACUAUACAAUUUUAUCAGACCUUUUAAAGGGAUCUAAAACUUAAUUAAAACACAAUACAAAAAAGGCCAUAUUUCAAUUAAAAAUUACUCAUAAUGCCAAGGACAAGAUUAUCAAACUCAGUGAAAAAGAACAAGCAAAGGAUGCCCUACACCAAGAUGACCAAGAUAUGAAAAUUAUCUGAGAAGGAUUUUAAAACAGCCAUCAUGAAAAUGUUUCAAGAAACAAUGGCAAACACACUUGGAACAAAUGGAAAGACAGAAAGUUUCAAUAAAGAAAUAGAAGAUAUAAACAAUCACAAAAUGGAAAUUUUAGAACUGAAAAAUACAAUAAUUGAAAUGCGAAACUCAAAGGAUAGACUCGAUAGACAUUAAGGGACAGUAGAAAUGAUUAGUGUACUGGAUGGGAGGUAAAACAACAUAAAUCACCCAAUGGGAACAAGAGAGAGAAAGUAACUGGGAGUGGGGGGGAAAUGAACAGAGCCUUGUUGACCCUGAACAAUAACAAAAAAUCUAACAUUUGUGUCAUCACAGUGGGGGGAAUGCAGAGAUGUUGGUCAAAGGCACAACUUCUAUUAUAAGUUCUGAGGACCUAACAUUCAGCAGGGUAAUUAUAGAUAAUAAUACUGUACUGUAAAAUUGGUAUUUGCUUAAAGAAUAGAUCAUAAGUGCUCUCACCAAAACAAAAAAAUAUUAGCCAUCUGGGGUGAUGGAUGUAUUAAUUAACCUGAUCGUGGGAAUCAUUUCAUAAUGAAUAUGUUUAUCAAAUCAUUGUGUUGGUACACUUUAAAUGCAUAGAGUUUGUCAGUUAUAUCUCAGUCAAGUUGGGGAAAAAGGAGGAAGUGGGAACAGAAGAGAGAGGAGAGUAUGUUCUGUGUCUUGAUUGUGGUGAAGGAUUCCUGAACACACACAUGUGUAAAAAAUCACAGAACACAAGUCAGCAUAAAUCUGGGAAAGUCUGAACAAGAUCAGUGGAUUGCAUCAAUGUCAAAACCCUGGUUUUUGUGAUUCUGUGAUUCUGUGUUAUAGUUUUUCAGGAUGGUACCACUGGGGGAAACUGAGUAAAGAGUACAUGGGAUAUUCCAUAUUAUUUCUUACGACUUACUGUGAAUCUACACUUAUCUGAAGAUAAAAGUGCUUUAUAAAAUAAGAAACCAGAAAAUUGGUUUCAGCUCCAUAUAUUCCCUUUCCUUUUGGAAUCUUUUCUAACCCAGUGUCAAAAGAAUUUGGGUAAGGCUCUAGCCAUAGGCCCCUCUACCAGUCCUUGAGUAAUCCCAAGAACAAUCUUCUCAGAGCACAGCCCAGAGGAAGUGGAAUUGAAAACAGGAGUGAUUUAGCCCAGCCAGUGAAGCCAGUGGCUCGACACACCUCCUUCUCUGAACUUGAAUGAUGGGGAUUUCAAGCCAGUCGUAGGACUUGGCAUUGUUAGUUACCAAGUGGUGGGAUAAUUCAGAAUUUGGGGUGAGGGAUUCAAAAGUUCAAAUGAACCCCAGGGGAAGAACAAUCCUUUCUGGAAAUUGUUGUUAAAUUCAAAUUUUAAUUUCCCCCUACAUUCAAAUGAUUAACCAUAAAUACUUUUCUUUAGCAACAUAUACUCUUCAACUUGAGAAUAUGGGGGGGGGGAGCUCUUUUUUCCUAAACUUCAAUAUCUAGAGGUUC